UUUGCUGACGAAGUCUAGUCUCCCAGGUUUACGUCUGCCAUUGUGGGCUGCAGUCUAGCAGCCUGCGGGAACUUCGAGUUUGGUUCGCUUAUAAAAGCGAUUAUCUUCUGCCGCUUCUACGUUGAGACGCACCAAUCGUUGCCACAAUGGCUCCUGCAGCGCUUUCGACGAAGACAGCUUGUCUUGCGUCCGUGGCUCAGCCGCAUCCUUCCACAGACAACCGUCUGCUUCUACAGUCUAGCUCCGGCCCUCUCCCACAUGGCACCUCCGGCCACUGCCUUCUCUCGUCGCCUCGCCGAUUCGGCUUCCUGUGGACGACGAAAGCGGGCAGCGACGGUGUCAGUCUGGCGUCAGUCCAGCACCCUUCUGCGGCUCCCGGCACCCCUUCGCUUCCCCGGUCCGCCGUUCGCGCCCGCUUUCCGUCCCCUGCCCCUCUUUCCCGCGGCCCCAUGUUCCCCGCGGUGAUUCCUUCCGCGGUCACUCCGCGGAUGAGCACCAGCGCCCGCAGCGGUAGUUCCACGCGGAACAACGGCGCAGCGUCAAGCAAGCGGGGGGGGGUUGUGUUGGGAAAGAAGCGCGGGGCGUUGGGGGGGCGCGCGAACAUGCAGAGGGUAUCAGCGGGGGCAGGCUCCGCUGCUGGAGUGGAGGGGGCGAGACGGGCGCAUGGCGGGUCCCCGGGGAUUGGCGGAUGGGCGGAGGGUUGGCGGAGCAAUGGGAAUGGUAACGUCAAUGGGAGUGGAAAUGGGAAUGGGAACGGAAACGGGAGGGCGAACGGCAACGGAAAGGCAGUAUAUGGCAUGGCGGAGGAGGAGGGGGAGGAGGAGGAGGAGGAGGUGGUGACAAUGGGCGACCUCAUGGACAUGGUCCGAGACGCUGAGCAAAACGUGCAGCAGCUGAACGCCCUGCACGCCGCCGCGCUAUCGGAGCUUGCAAAGGCGAGUACGCGGAGGGAGUCCCUGCAAGAGCAGGUGAAGCUGAUGGGUGCCCGCCUGGAGGGAACGCAGCGGCAGCUGCAACUGCUGGGGUUCGCGGAGGGGGAAGGGGAGGGCGAGAGCGACGGAGCAAGGGAGGUGGGGGAGGGAGAGGGAGAGCAGCAGCAGCGGCAGCAGAGGACGCGAGAGAAGGAGUUGGAAGCGCAGGUGGCAGCGGCGCAGCAGAGGCUGGAGGAGAAGGUGGUGGUGGGUAACAGGGUUACAGAGUUACAGCGGGAAGUGGUGCGCCUGCAGCAGAGGGCGGCGGAAGGCGCGGUGAUGGAGGAGAGGUUGAGGCACGCGGAGCGACGGCAGGCGGAGCUGGAGGAGAGGCUGGAGGCCGCGCGGGGGGAGGAGAGGCGGGCGCUGGAAAGGAGCGAGGAGAUGGAGCGACGCGUGGGGAUGGACGUGGCGGCGCUGCGGGCGCAAGUGGAGCGUAUGGAGAGCGAACUGGCGGACAUGGCGCACGUGGAGGGGGAGUUGAGGGAGGUGGCGGAGGGGAACGUGGAGAUGGAGGGGGAAGUGGCGCGGUUGCAGGCGGAGCUGGCGCAGAGGGAGGGGGAGGUGGAGUCGGUGGUGUGGGCGAAGGAGGGCGAGCUGCAGCUGAUGCGCGCGCAGCUGCUGAAGGACGUGGGGGAAUGGCAGGAGAGGGCGUGGGGGGAGAAGGAGGCGAGAGAGAGCGCGGAGGAGGAGAGGGGGAACAGGCAGGAGGUGGUGGUGGCGCUGCGGGAGGUAGCGGAGAAGCAGGAGAAAGUCUUGUUGCGAGCACUGAAGCAGCUGCAGACGAAGCUGGGGGAGGCUGUGGAGUCACGCGACGAGGUGGUGAAGGAGGCGGUGCGGGAGAAAGAGAGGGAGAUCGCGUCGUUCCGACAGAUGGUGCAGGCACUGCAGGCGCAGGUGGAGGAGCGAGAGGGGGAGGUCACCCACGCGGAGGGGCAGGCGGAGGAGCUGCGGAAGCAGCUGGCAGAGGCGGAGUCGGCGGCAGAGGAGUGGGAGCGGGAGAGGGCGCGGGUGAGGGAGGCGCACUUGAGGGAGGCGGAGGCAGUGGGGCGGGAGACGGAGGAGGAGGCGCGGAUGGUGGUGGAGGGGAUGCGUGCCAUGGAGCGCGCGCGGAUGGACGUGGCCGCGCAGGUGGCUGCACUCAAGGGCGCGGUGGAGGAGAGGGAGAGGAGCCUGGCGGAGGAGAAGAGGCAGAGGGAGGAGCUGUGGGAGCAGCAAGAGGAGCUGCAGAGGGAGGUGCAGGGCGCACAGGCGCGGCUGAGAGGCGCGGAGAGGGCGAGGGAAGAGGCAGGAGUGCGAGGAAGGGAGCGACUGGGGGAGGUGGUAUCUGAGGUGGCAGCGGUGGUGGCGCGAGGGGAGGAGCUUGGGUGGGUGGAGGAGGAGCUGGCGAGGUUAAGGGAUGAAGCAGCGCGGUUUGCAGCGGUGAUGGACGACUCAGACCGGUUGGAGGCGUGGGCUAGUGAGACGGGGCAAAGGAACGAAGAGCUCAGACAGGCGAUCACAGGGAAUAGGGAGAGGGCGGCGGGUAUAGAGGCGGAGAUAGGGGCAGAGAGGACGGAGAGGGAGGCGGAGAGGGGGGAGUGGGCGCGGGUGGGGGAGGAGAGGGAGGAGCUGGUGGUGGCGAUAGAGUCUCUCAGAGCGAAGCUGGUGGAGGCAGACGCGAGCAUGCAGGCGCAGCAGGAGCUGUAUGAGGCGCAAGGGCGCGCGUUCGAGGAGGGGCUGGCGGCGGCAGCGGCGAGCGUGGAGUUCUACAAGGGGCAGGAGGCGGCGUGGUGGGCGGAGAAGGAGCGCAUCGAGCGCAAGGCGCGGUGGGGGAAGGUGGUGCCAGCAGGGGAGUUGCCGUGGGAGUACUGGAGCACGCUGCUGCUCAAGGUGGACGAGCUGCUGCUCAAGGGGCUGCUGCCGCCUGCCGACGCCGACAAGCUGAGGGCCAUGGUGUGGCGCCGGGGCGUUCGGGUGCAGGAGGCGUGGGACUCGGUGGGAGGCGCGGAGGUGGUGAGAGCUGUGCUGGAGAGCGGCGGCUCGCAGAGGGGAGGGGUUGAGGUGGUGGAGAGGGGGAUGGACGAUGCAGAGGUGGCUGUGGCGUUGAGAGGCGUUCUGAGGGAUGAUCCCAAGGACAGGCGCCCCUUACACGUGGUACACAUAGCAGCGGAGAUGGCUCCUGUAGCAAAGGUGGGAGGCCUGGCUGAUGUGGUAACGGGGUUGUCGCGGGCGUUACAGCAGCGAGGUCAUCUGGUGGAGGUGGUACUGCCCAAGUACGACUGCAUGGACUACUCCCGCAUCCAAGACCUCAAGCACUUGCCAGUCGAGUUCUCCUGCUACUUCGAUGGCCAGCAGCACCCGUGCAAGAUAUGGCGGGGCAUGGUGGAAGGUCUGCCGGUGUACUUCUUGGAGCCGCAGCACCCGGCGCGCCUCUUCUGGCGGGGCACCUUCUACGGGUGCGCGGACGACUUCCGGCGCUUCUCCUUCUUCUGCCGCGCUGCGCUGGAGUUCCUGUGGGCCGCGGGGAAAAGGCCCGACAUCAUCCACUCUCAUGACUGGCAGACUGCGCUUGUGGCGCCCCUGUACCACGACGUGUUCAUGCCGCAGGGUAUGAGCUCGGCGCGCCUGGCGUUCACGUGCCACAACUUCGAGUACCAGGGCACGGACGCCCCGCAGGCGCUCACAGGGUGCGGGCUGGACCCCGCCCGGCACAACACGCUGGAGGGCAUGCGAGACAACUAUGCAGGCAACAGGAUCAACGCUCUCAAGGGAGGCAUAGUAUAUUCUGACGUGGUUACCACGGUGUCGCCCACAUAUGCCAUGGAAGUGCGCGGACCAGAGUACGGCCGGGGGCUCCAGGUGACCCUGCAGCAGCAUGCGGGCAAGUUCCGCGGCGUGCUGAACGGCAUCGACGCGGUGGCGUGGGACCCGCGCACGGACGCCCUGCUGCACCGCGCUUACGGGGUGGAGGACGCGGUGCAGGGCGGCAAGGCGGCCAACAAGGCGCACCUCAGAGCGCUGCUGGGCCUCAGCUCUCACGGCGCAGAUGCCCACAAGCCGCUGGUGGUGUGUGUGACGCGGCUGGUGCCGCAGAAGGGCGUGCACCUCAUCCGCCACGCCAUAUUCAGAGCCAGGGAGCGAGGCGCACAGUUCGUGCUGCUUGGCUCCAGCCCCGUGCCUGACAUCCAGUAUGACUUUGAGAGCAUAGCGCAGCAGAUGGCGAGCAGUGGCGACGUGCGGCUGGUGCUCAAGUACGACGAGCACCUCUCGCACCUGCUCUUCGCCGCCGCCGACCUCGCCAUCAUUCCCUCCAUCUUCGAACCGUGCGGCCUCACCCAGCUCAUUGCCAUGCGGUAUGGCGCCAUUCCCCUCGUGCGCCGAACAGGAGGCCUGGCUGACAGUGUGUUCGACGUGGAUGAUGAUUCGGUGCCCAUGGAUCGCCGCAACGGCUUCUCCUUCACCAAGGCGGACGUGCAGUCGUUCAACGGGGCGUUUGACCGUGCCAUCUCCAGCUACUACGAGCGGCGGGAGUGGUGGCAGGAGCUGGUGGUGCGAGCCAUGAGCAUGGACUUCGGAUGGGGGCAGUCCAGCGAGCAGUACGAGGAGCUCUACUUGCAGUGCAUGCCUGCACGCGUGCAUGAGUGAGAUGCAUACGGUUGUUACUUUAUUCUGUACACAUGACACAUGCAUGGUUGUGGAAAAUACCGCUUUGUUAUGUUAUGAAUUGAAAUGGUAGGUAGCGCAUCCGAUUGGCCACCAACAUACUCAACGUCGUGCGUGUAUUGAAAUCUGGUGGUGGGUCAGCAUCCUUGCACCCAACUUUACUUGUACAU